AUACUUCUUAAAAAUAAUGGUUAAUUUAAUUUGCUGUUCAUAAAUUUAUUAACUAAAUUUGACCAUUGUUUUGCCUAUUCUCUCGAAGCCGACGACAGUUAUGUAUUCAGACAUUUUACUUUUGCUUCAGAUGCCAUUGCCAACAGUUGUGGUUCGUGAAUUGCGGAUUGUGUAGUAUGUGAUUUACGUAUUUUAGAAAUGUUGAAUUUCAUUUGAAACUUUUUAAAAAGUUGGUUUGUACUAUCAUUUGGUUGCAAUUUGGUUUGUUUUCCGUAUUUGGAUAAAUAUUUAAUUCAGCUUGAGUUAAUUUAUCUUCGAUCGAAUACACCAUAGACCUAACCCCUUCAGUUAUGCUGUGACAUAGUUUUCAAAAAUGUGGCUUUUCAAACAGAUUUUUAAAAACGUUUCUAUAAAUACCUUUCUAGUCUGUGAAGUGAUUGAAAAUUAAAAAUCUAAUCAAUACUAUUUUGGUACAAUAGCUUUAGUUUUUUUGUAAUAGAACUACGUGCAAAAGUUUGUGCACGUUAUGGCCGAUCUGGAUUUGUUUAUAAGUUACGAGUGCUUGACAAUUGUUUGUGUUCAACGCCGAUUCUAUGUACAAAACUGUAAAUAGAGUAUUUGAUUGUAUUUGAACAUUUAUUAGUGACUCAUAUGAAUUAACUACUCUUGAAGAAAAAGACAAUGGAUUAUAACGCGCUAUAAUAAUACUAAUAAUACAAAGUUGAUCGUGUUGCAGUGUGUUCAAUUAGGGUCUUAUCUUUAUAAAUUCAACUUUUAAUGUAAAUUUCUCUUCAAUUCAAUUUAUUCAAAUAAAUCAUACGUUGUUUUAAAAUGAGUAAUUCUAAUAACGCCACUGGAACUGAAAAAACAAGGAAGCUUCGUGACAGGAAGUUUAGAAAAUUGUAUUCAGAUGAGUGGGCUUUGGCAGACGAUGAAAUCGACGGACAUCACACUUUUGAUCUUAUUGAUAAGUUGGAGAGUGAUCGAUUUUCUCAAAACUAUGUCAAGGAAAUGCAAGGUGCUGAUUUUAACAUCCAGUACCUUCAAAGUAAUGGCUUCAAAACUCCAAUUUUGUUUAGAGAAAAAUCGGGGCUAGGUCUUCAAGUACCUUCAAAGAACUUUUCUAUAAAUGAUGUUAAAUUGUGUGUUGGAUCAAGAAGAAAACUGGAUGUUAUGGAUGUCAACACUCAAAAGAAUUUUGAAAUGUCGAUGAGGGAAUGGGAAAGAUAUUAUAACAAGAACGAUAGAGAUCGGCUUCUAAAUGUUAUUUCCCUGGAAUUCAGUCAUACCAAACUCGAACAUUAUGUGCAAGCACCAUCUGUUGUCAGACAAAUUGAUUGGGUUAAUUCUGUUUGGCCUCAGUUUUUGAAAGAAUCACAGUGCUCAUCCACCAAUGCUAUUGAUGAAAUGAAGUAUCCUAAAGUUCAAAAAUAUUGUCUGAUGUCUGUGAAGGAUUGCUACACAGAUUUCCAUAUAGACUUUGGAGGAACUUCGGUCUGGUAUCAUAUCUUGAAGGGUAGCAAAAUAUUCUGGUUAAUCCCUCCUACUGAACAGAACGUUCAAGAAUAUGAAAAGUGGGUUUUGUCUGGAAAGCAAGGAGAUAUUUUCUUUGGAGACACUGUUGAUUCAUGUGGAAGGAUUUUACUGACAGCGGGUAAUACAUUUUUCAUUCCUACUGGGUGGAUACAUGCAGUUUUCACACCCGAAGAUUCACUUGUAUUUGGAGGAAAUUUUCUGCAUUCCUAUGGUAUGGACAAACAGCUUCGUAUCGCACAAGUAGAAGAUACAACUCGAGUUCCAAAGAAAUUUCGCUACCCUUUUUUUACGGAAAUGCUAUGGUAUGUCUUAGAAAAGUAUGUUCACAGGUUCUAUGGAGUAAGUCAUCUCGAUGAAACAGAUGAAUCAAACAAUGAUGUUCUGGAUAAAUAUGUUCAUCUCACACCUUGGGAGUACAGAGGAUUAAAAGCAAUAAUAUUCUUUCUCCAUGAUCUCCCUCUCAAUAAGAAAAACAUUCCUGACUUGAUCACUGACCCAAGAGCAUUGGUGAAAAAUGUGAGAAAAUUGCUUGAAGAACACAGAAAUGAUGACCCGGUUUGCGCUGUAACUGGUGAGCCAGUUUUGAAAGCUCCUGCUGAGAAGCCAAGAACGUCAUUACCCUAUGUGAGUCCUGAAAAGAAGGUUGUUCGAAAUCAAACUAAGGUAAAAAAGAGGAAAUACAAAAAAACUGGCAUGUAUCAAUUGAAGAAAAAAGGAAAGGCCCAACGAAGAAGAACAAGAUGCAGGAAUUGUGAAGCUUGCCAGCAUUUUGACUGUGGAGAGUGUAUCUACUGUUUGGACAUGCCUAAAUUUGGUGGACCUGGUAAGGCUAAACAGACUUGUGUAAAGAGGAAUUGUCUUCAGCCCGUACUGCCUACUUGUGCUGUUUGUAAGUUCUGUGACUUGGAUGGUUGGGGAGAAGUCAUAAAAUUUCCAGUGGUAAGGAAAAGCCAUGAAGGUAGCACACUGAUGGAGUGCUGUGUCUGCUAUGAUAUCGCCCAUCGGGAGUGCAUGGAAGAACAAUGUCCAGGAACCAAAGGCAUUAAUAACGACGAUCUGCCCAACAGCUGGGAAUGCCCCAUGUGCUGUCAAAACGGUAAGAAUCUCGAAUACAAGCCACGUCACUUCAAGGCAAGAAGAAUCAGGUCUGUGGACGCGAGACUAUCAUCAUCCAGCAAUGGAGCUUACAACACUAUGAAGCCGGAGAAUGCCGAGAUAAAAGGAGAGAACGACUACUACAGCGAUGGAGAAACGUGCUACAGUCCGCAUUCCACCAAGCAGUCGGAAGAUGACGUCGACGAUGAUGAUGAUGAUGACGAUGAUGACUCAGAAGAGCAGUGUGACUCGAGUCCGGUGCGCCACAGUGGUGCUGGUGACUCGUUCAAGCGAGCCAGCUCCGAAGGUUAUGCUGACUUGUAUGGAAAACGUGGCAGACGACAGUCACAGUCAGGCUGCGGCAACGAGCAGCCCAACAAUGUUUGUAUUGAUAUGGUUUAACUUGAAUAGAGUCAUGCAACUCUUCUUGCAUGCUUCAAUCCGCUUUGGUGGUAUGAAUCUUCAAGUAUGACACUUUGAACUUGACAAAUCUUGAAUCAAUUAAACUCCAAUUAAAGUGAUUGUAUAAUAUUAUUUGCCUUCUUUGAAGUGCCGGUUUUUACUAGACUGAACUAAACAUUUUUCGGUUGUCUUUAAUUAAGGAUCAUUUUAAUUUUAUUCCAAUCAAUAAGUCAAUAUUUAUUACAGACUCAAAUUAAAAAUAUCAAAAGUUGUUAGUUGAAACAAUUAUUUUCUUUGCUAAAUGUAACUCAUUUGUCAUUGUAGCCCUUUUCAAUGCUGUUCGAACAUUCUGAGCUCCCUAUAAGUACAUUGCAAAAUUUUUGAAAAGUCGAUAUUCAUCACAUCAUUUAUUUAAUGAUGAUGUGUAAACGAUAAUACAAAAUAAAAUAGUCCUUCACUAUUCUAAUCAAUGAAUGAAAUACUUUCUGAAUUUGUUUAAACUCUUGUGAACACAACAAAGCUUGGUAAAAUAUGAGUUUUUUCUAUUCAUUCCUAAUUAGUUAAUCAUUAUUAUUGCAUUUUCUUAUUCAUUGAAUAUUGUUCUGAUAAUUAUUUUAUGCAUGUAGCAUGUUUGUAACAGUUAACUCUAUUUUGACGGAAUUGGAUAAAAAGGUGGUCGAAAUUCUUCACUUUAUAGAUUCAACAGUAGUUUUUUAGUAUGCUAGCCUAUUCUAUUUAAACAAAAUAUUAUUAAAAAUAUAGAUUUCAAAAAUACUCUUUCAAUUAAACUUUAGUUCCCGGAGCUCUAUUCAAAUCCAGUUAUUCAGGGUGUACAUAGAAGAAAAAUAAAUUUACCUUGAGUUUUCAUUAAUUUUAACUAAAAAACAUUCUUUCCGUCAUUGAAUUAUUUCUCUUGUUACCAAAACAAAAAACAUCCAAGUUACCAAAAAUAUAUUUCAGUUACCGAUUAAACUAAAGCACACACUUAUUUAAACAGAUCUAAAAAUUUUCCGAUAACUAUAAAAUUCUAAAAUAUUUCAAAUUAAUACUGGCCCAUCAAUAUCAGUGACAAUUGACAAUGGUUAUCUAUUUAUCUAUAAUAUUAUAAAAGAAGGUUUUGACUUGUACCUGUACGGGAUAGGUAAAAUUACUCUGUAAUUUUGACAAAAUAAUUAUAUUUUAUACUGUUUUAUGGACAUAAGGAGAUUGCAUUUUACAACACAACAUUUCCCCUAGUGCGAAGCACGGGUUUCAUCUAAAGCUAGUUUCAUCUAAAGCUCGGCUUCUUCGCAGGAUAGGAUAUCACUUGGAGAAACCUAAUUAAUUUUGAAAAAGUUGCUUUUCUCCAAUAAAACCUUGCAGAAGCUUAUUCAGUUUGAAAAUCCGAAAGAUAAUCUCUCAGUCAAUUAAUAUAACUAUUGUUACUAAUUCAAGCAAAGUUGUGAGCAAAGAACUAUUCAGCAAUUUUCAUUUGUGCUUAUUCCGAACUUGACAAAAACUUGAAGAGUUAGAUUUAAUUGCAUGAAUAUCAAGGAAAGCUUCAUAACAGAGAUCAAACAAAUGAUCUCUAAAUAUUCAUAAUUGACUUAUUAACAUUCCAGUUCAAAACUUGAAUUGCAAUGUAAUGCUUUUUCAUUAUUGAGUAAAUAUUCAAAUAGCCUACAGCAUAUGUAUAUAUAAUUUUUUCAUGUAUCAUUUCUUCAUUCCAUUGAAGUCAUUAUAUAAUAAUUUAUCAUUCAGUAUUAGUAUUGAAUAUACAGUUUCAUUUUUUCAAAUAUCUGAAUUGAUUCAUUACUAGAAUCAACAUAUUUUUUUCCUGACACAUUAGGUAAUAAUUGUAAUUCAAUUCUUAUUAAUUUAUUCAAAUAAUUAGUUCAAAAAAUCACUUGCCCUCUUGACACAUUUUUUAUAAAACAUCACAAAGUAUUGUUGAGCAGAAUGGAAAAUGCUUUUAGAAGUACGUUAGAUUAGAUUUGAAGAUGAAAAAAACUGUAGAACUAACAGGUUCUAACGGUAUUUUAGAUAUGAAUCAUCACACAUAAUCAAUGAAAAAUUAUUGAUAAAAGUAGGAUGGAUACUAAGAUAAAUAGUAAGAGUCAACAUCGACUUUAUAUUGGCCUCAAAUUGUGAUUACAAAUUGAAUUAUUGUAGGUUAAAUAUUAUGGUAGGAAGAAUUAUGAUUACAAAUUAAACUAUACUGGAUUAAUUAUAAAUUAUUUUUAAUGCAAAAGUGAUAAAAAAACUGCUUAUGUAAAUGUUCUAGAAUAUUAUUAAAUAAAAUGAAUGGAAUCUGCACAAUCGUAUUCUUUACUUUGUGUAACAAGCUACUUAACGUUAACAAACAAUAUUUUUAUUAUUGUUUAUUGAACUAAUCAUCAGUCUCUAUUUCACUAGUUAUAUAACAUUCUAGGAUAGUUAUUUAAUACUAAUUUUUUACUUUAAUUAUUGUAUUGAUUUGAAUAUUAUCUUAAGAAAUGAGUGAGCUUAGAUUUAAGGGAAUUAUUAGAAAAAUUAAACAUUGUGUGUGCUCAAUUGUGAUUUGUUAGUUUCUACUAUUUCUAAUAAGUUUAUAAUCCGUAGUUCGCUAGUUUCUAUACUACAAAAAUGUAACCUUUUUAAAAUUUACUCAAAUAAUAAGUUAGAUGCAAGCUCCUGUAGAAUUCUCAAGAAAAUUACCUCGGAUAAGUUAGUUACAAUCCUGGUUCAAGAUGUUAUAUCGAUUUGGGUGUCCAUAAUGAUGAAAACUACUUGAAUUGAUAUUUAUCAUAGAAUACUUACUUUGUCAAAUCAAUUUAAUCUAAUUGAACUCAUUAAUAGAUUCGCAAAAUCUUGAUCAACUUCAUGAGUAAAUACAGUACAUGAGUUUCUUCUAUUAAGGGCCGUUUGCACAGUCAAAGCUUAAACUCGAUUUAAUUAGAUGUUGGCUUGAACUCAAAAUGAAACACAUUAUAACAAACGAGACUUGAUACGGAUUUAAUCCAGUUUAAAAUGAAAUUUAGUUUAAACUGUCACUGUGCAAACGGCCCUAAGUGUUUACAAACAGUGAUCGUGUAUACUGAUCACCGUAUUUAUCAGAAAUAAAAAAUAAUUUUCAAUCCACAAUUUGAAUUGCCAACUACUGGCUCAGUCAAAUCUUUUUUGAGUUUGAAUUAGAUUUUUAGAAAAAAGACUGAUGCAUUUUUAGAAUUUAGAACUUUAGAAAGUAUGUAAUUCAGCAUUGGUACCGUGAAUAUCGAUACUGAGUCUUCUCUCAAUUUGCUAUAUUAUGGUUUACUUGGUACCGGUAGAUAAAUUAUAUGGUGAUUGUCUUGCCUGCCUCUCUCUUCCUAAAUACAUGUAGAACAUUUUAAACCAUUGUAGAUUAUUAUCGGCCCAUUCUAUUUAUUUAUAUACAAAAAAUCGUUGAUUAAAAGAAGCAAUAAUUAAACUUUAAAUUGUCUCUCUUCAAAUUUUAAUAAACAUUCAAAAUCAAUUAUAUAAUUUUCAAGAAGUAUAUGACAUUUCUUUUCUCUUAAUUAUUGUGUAAUUUAAACUGAAAAUUACAAAUUUGAAAACAGUCUUUCCUGUUCCCUCUUGUGAAAUAUACUUUUUGUGUCCCUAGUCUUGGUGUAAAAUAAGCAUUUUGGUUUGACUCCAGGAUUGUUAUUUCAUUUUAUUACUGGCUUUUAAUUCGCCAGUCCAAGUAUUGAUAGACUACAUACCACAUUACCUCUUAAUAAGCUUAAUAAAUUGUAUCAUUAAGCAAUUCGAUGAGACUGCAGAUAUAUUUUUAAACUAUUUUGUACUACUUUUCCAAUAAAAACCAAAAAGAUAGCCUAUAGGUCUACUAGGCUAUAUCGAUAAUUAUUUAAUAAAGUGAUUAUUUUUCUCUAGAUCUUGUACAUUUUAUAUGUGUGUUGAUGAUUUAAUUGAAACCGUCUUGUAUUAGAAAAGAAAGGUGAAUUAAUUGGAAAUUCAUUAUAGCUGCAACUCACUUGCAAGUGAGAUAGAAUUUGCUUUCUUGUAUUGUCGCAUUUAGCUCAUGUAUUUGUUUCCUCUUAUUCUAGUACUAUUAAAAUGUAUGCUUAUGCAUUUUUUGAAAGAAUA